UCCUAUAAUACAUUCACUUAGUUAGCAGUACGUAACGUAGCUUCCAUAAAGAGAGUAUAAUAACUAUAAUUAAUACAUCUCUGAUCACUUUCACUACACUUCUCUUCACCAGCAAAUAUGUCGACCGCUCCUCUCUCCGGCUUCUUCCUCACUUCUCUCACUCCUUCUCAAUCAUCUCUCCAAAAAGCCUCUCUUCGCACUUCUUCCACCGUCGCUUGCCUUCCCUCCUCCUCUUCUUCUUCCUCCUCCUCCUCUUCUUCCCGUUCCGUUCCAACCCUUAUCCGCAACGAGCCCGUUUUUGCCGCUCCUGCUCCUGUCAUCGCCCCUUAUUGGAGCGAAGAGAUGGGAAGCGAAUCAUACGACGAGGCUAUUGAAGCUCUCAAGAAGCUUCUCAUCGAGAAGGAAGAGCUAAAAACGGUUGCGGCGGCAAAGGUUGAGCAGGCCACGGCGGAGCUUCAGACAGGUACCUCUUCCGACAAGAAGGCUUUUGACCCCGUCGAAAACAUUAAGCAGGGUUUCAUCACUUUCAAGAAGGAGAAAUACGAAACCAACCCUGCUUUGUACGGUGAACUCGCCAAGGGACAAAGUCCUAAGUACAUGGUGUUUGCUUGUUCGGACUCACGUGUGUGUCCAUCACACAUUCUCAACUUUCAGCCAGGUGAUGCCUUCAUGGUUCGUAACAUAGCCAACAUGGUUCCUCCGUUUGACAAGGUCAAAUACAGUGGAGUUGGAGCAGCCAUUGAAUACGCGGUCUUGCACCUUAAGGUGGAGAACAUUGUGGUGAUAGGCCACAGUGCAUGUGGUGGAAUCAAGGGGCUUAUGUCUUUCCCAUUAGAUGGAAACAACUCCACUGACUUCAUAGAGGACUGGGUCAAAAUCUGUUUGCCAGCCAAGUCAAAGGUUAUAUCAGAACUUGGAGAUUCAUGCUUCGAAGACCAGUGUGGCCGAUGUGAAAGGGAGGCAGUGAAUGUUUCACUAGCAAACCUUUUGACAUAUCCGUUUGUGAGGGAAGGACUUGUGAAGGGAACACUUGCUUUGAAGGGAGGCUACUAUGACUUCGUUAAGGGUGCUUUCGAGCUUUGGGGACUUGAAUUUGGCCUCUCCGAAACUAGCUCUGUUAAAGAUGUGGCUACCAUACUACAUUGGAAGCUGUAGGAACUCUUUGGAGCCUUGUUCAGAUUUCACAUUUUCAGUUCAAUCCUACCAACUUGUUGUUUCUA